UUGAGCGAUGGGUAAUGACCGAACAGAAAAUAAAAUAUACUCGUCGGUCAGAGAAAUUACAGGCCUCUCGUGUUGCGAUACGUUCAGUCAUUCGGCGAUUCUCUUAGCACAUACGUGCGUUUCACUCGCGAGCGUUACAUGGCGCUUUCGGCAAUUCGCAAACAUGAAGAUCCACAGCGGCAAGGAAGGUGGACUGGAAAAUCUGAAACGCGGAUAUCACAAAUGGUGGAUGCUUAAUAUAAAAAAAUACAUAAGCGGAUGGUUUCAUGUCUAUUGCAAGAAUACGAGUUUGCACGGCUUUCGUUAUAUAUCCGCGGAUGGGUCGACGAUAUUCAAGAGUUCUCUUUGGUCUAUGGUUUGCAUAUUUGCCAUCGCGUUCUGCGUGGUGCUCAUGCUUCGCUUGUGGGCGAAUUAUUCGAGAAACCCGAUAGCGACCACCAUCGACACGUCGAAUCUGAUAUGGGACCUGCCUUUUCCGGCCGUUACCGUGUGCAACAACAAUAAAAUUUAUCGUCCACACGCCGAUAUUAUUGCCAAGCAGCUACAAAUAAACGGAAUCGCUAAGAACGAGACCGAGAGAUUUUUCACUUCUCUCCUAAAGCUGGUGCGGCCCGACAAAGUUUUGAUCGACGACACAACCGCGAAACACAUACUGGACAUACUCGGCAUGACAGUCGAGACAUUGAUGAGCAAGUUAAUGCAGCCCUGCAGCGCGUUGUUGGUGAGAUGCGCUUGGCUCGGGCAACUUUACGACUGCGACAAGAUCUUCAGGACGGUGAAGUCGAGGGAAGGCUUCUGUUGCGCUUUUAACUUUCAUUACGGAAAGAUAGGAUACAACGAUGAGAGCGAUCAGCAGGAGGUGCACGACAAUUCCACCGGCUUCAAUGUUACUUUCGAGUACCAGCCGGGCAUGCACAGAAUUCUGAAAGCUCCAGGAAGCGGUCGCGACGUAGGACUCGCGCUCGCCUUAAAUAUUGACCGUUACAAUUACAAAGGCUCCGUGCGGCCCUCCGUGGGCGCCUCAAUUGUCAUACACGACCCGGUCGAUUUUCCCGACAUCGGUGCGCACAUCGCGUCCGUAUCGCCUGGUCACGUCCUGACGAUAUCCGUUUCCGGCACCUCCAUCAAGAGCAUGGACAGCUUGCGCAACCUUCCUGUGGAGAAGCGUUCUUGCUACUUCGAUGACGAGGUAGGCGCACAGCUCGCCAAUCUCUUUCCAUUCGUGACGCACGUUUUGCAAGGCACACUCAAAAUUCUGUAUAUUUAUGAUCGAUGAAACUACCAACAGGUACCUGGAGAGAGGCAUUACAGCUUCCAGUCGUGUGUAUCUGAAUGUAUAGCCGAGCUUCUGCAGAGCGUAUGUGGUUGCUUGCCAUUUUACUAUCCGGAAAGACAUAUCGGAAUAAGAACGUGUUACUUGACCGACGUAGCUUGCAUCGUGGCCCACCGAGCGUCGCUAUCGGGAGAUAAUAUAGCGACUAAAGGACCUUGCAAGGAAUGUCUUCCUCAAUGUACUGAUAUCAUGUACGGUAUCAAUGUGGAAAAUAUUAAAAUGGACGUUGUGGAGUACGAGUCGGAAUUAACACAUGAUUUGGAUCUGGACAACGUAUCCAUGGUAUACGUAUUCUUCGGCGACAUCUCGUACGUUGAGUAUCAGAAGGAAAGUAUCCUUGGUUGGGAUGGAUUGCUCGCAUCCUUUGGCGGUAUCUUCGGCCUUUGUCUCGGCGGUUCCGUGAUGAGUGUGAUAGAGCUGAUUUACCUGUUGGUGGAGGAACUUUUCAGGCUCCGCAAGACGCAAGGAUCGUCGCGUAAAGAUUUGCCCCCAGCCGCGGAAGUGUUUCUUUCAAUCCCCGCUGAGAAAACCCAGCUGCAGAAGCCGCGAAACCAUCGGGAAUUCGACGACAAGCGCGUUUACGUCACGUGGUAUCAAUCGAACUUUCAGCGACGUAAGGUGAUGAACUUUGACGAUGUGCACAAGCGCGUCAGGUUCUAAAUUCACCUCAGUUCAUCUCUUUCAAAAUUGUACGGAUUAUAAGGCAGCGGGCUGCGAUAGCAACACGGCUUCGGAUACUGUUCAGGAAGUCGUGAAAACUUUGCCAGUGGUGUUGCCAGUUGGUUUGGAGGUGGUAAAGGAUCAGGACAGCAUGGUCCAGGUGUU